GAAGAAGAAGAAGAAGAAGAAGAAGAAGAAGAAGAAGAAGAAGAAGAAGAAGAAGAAGAAGAAGAAGAAGAAGAAGAAGAAGAAGAAGAAGAAGAAGAAGAAGAAGAAGAAGAAGAAGAAGAAGAAGAAGAAGAAGAAGAAGAAGAAGAAGAAGAAGAAGAAGAAGAAGAAGAAGAAGAAGAAGAAGAAGAAGAAGAAGAAGAAGAAGAAGAAGAAGAAGAAGAAGAAGAAGAAGAAGAAGAAGAAGAAAAAGAAAACAAUGAAUCUGAUACCAUCCCAGUAACAAAAUCAUUGUACCGUCAAUGUAAUCCAAUGUGUGUGAUAAUUUUAAGCGGAGCUCCGGAGUCUUUUACAACAUCAGUAAAAAAGUUGAUCGCUGGAGACCUGACUGCUCAAAACGAGGAGUCUUUUCCGUCGACAUCAACAGGCAUCAACCGGGUCUGCCAGCCAUCUUUGAAAAUCCUGUCAAAAAACGAAAACGCCUUUGACAAUUGUUACCACCGGGUCCGUUGUCUGAAGCUAGACUGCGAGCCUGAGGAUGCCAGUAAUGCAGACCGGGUUAUAUUCCUCAACUCCCUGUUGAAUUUCAAAUCCCUUGCCAUGAUCCACGCUCUGGGCUUGCUCCUGAAAUACUUAGACGAAAGCUGGAACAAAUUGUCCCUGACUCCAUCGGGUCAGGCCCGUUACGUCAAUAUUAAUUAUGUCAUACUCCAAGAUUUAGUUAUGAUUGAAGAUGAUACCUACAAGUCUCUCAACAUCAUUCAAUCUAGGUUCAACAGUAGUUUUCAAUUUGGAAAGAAUCAGAAUCAAAGAGCUGAUUUAUUUACUUUUUUAAAUCGUUGUCAAUCACGUCCUGGGUCUCAUCAUCUCUGGAAAAUUAUGAAGCACCCGACGAGAAACAUUAAAAUUCUUCAAGAACGAACGCAAGCGAUUGAAUUUUUCCUGAAUGUAGACAACCAACAUGUAGUUCAUAAUUUAAAAUCAUGCUUGAGCCACGUUCACCGUCUUACCCCGACUGUACUGAUUAAAUAUUCAACCGCACAAGCCAACCCAUCUGAUUGGGGAAGAUUUGCCACUGUAACCCUGGUUAAUUUAUUAACAAUCGGCCAACUAUGCCAACAAUAUCGAGACUCAGUGUCGAUAUUCGCUAAAAUAGCAGACUCCAUAACACCCGGGAUUCACAAUUGCCAUUAUUUCAUCGAAUAUAUAAUUGACUUUGAGAUGAGCAAGCAGCAAAGAAAAUUUAUCGUCAAAAGAAAUGUUGAUCCUGAACUUGACCAAUUAAAUGAUUUAAGACAGACUCUACCUAGUCGUUUGACGGAAAAAGCGGCUGAAGAAUUGGAAAAUUUGCCGCCGUACGUCGAGAAAUGCAUAAUGGUUUACAUUCCUGACAUCCAGCACUGCUUAGCAAUCACUGAAUGGAACGGACCUCCUCCUCCUGAUGAUGAAAUGAUUCCUGGUCUAGAGUUUAAGUUUUCUCUUAACAAUAUUCGGUAUUACAAAAGCAAAGGAGCAAGAGCGUCAUCUCACAAUUACGUAAAGCCAGAAAUAGUAAAGUCCCACGUACUGAGCAUAAAAAAAGGACGUCAUCCUCUGAGUGAACUGAAGAAAGAUUUCAUAGCUAACGACACGCAAUCUGGAGGCGGAAGUAGCUUGGUUAAAAUAUUUACUGGACCGAAUGCUUGUGGAAAAACUGUCUACUUGAAACAAGUUGCGCUUAUCGUCUACAUGGCACAUAUCGGGUGUUACGUGCCUGCAGAGUCAGCCAAAAUAGGCGUUGUUACUCAUAUUUUGACCCAGAUGCCCACGAUGGAGAGUAUCGCUCAGAAUGCAAGCGCGUUUCUCAUAGACCUCCGUCAGAUGAACAAUAUUUUGUACUCUUCUACGCCUAAUUCUUUGAUUCUGAUGGACGAGCUCGGCAAAGGAACUUCUGAAAUAGACUCGCUGGCAUUGCUUACUACAAUUAGUGCUGGUCUUGCAGAAAACAUUGUUCUGGAUGCAAUUAAAACUUUCAAGAGCAUAAAACAAAAUAAAUUACCACCUUGUUGUCCUGAAGAAGAUCGCUCAAAUGUAGUUAAGCACAUUGCUGAGCUGGCCAAUGAACAAAAAUUUAAAAUUGAUAUGCAAGAAUUCAAGCAAUGGAUUUUGCAAGCCAUCAAACGCAGAUAA